AUGCCUUCAGUCGGAAACCCCAACGGCCCCUGCAAGAACCGUCUUGCCGCUCGCGCCUCAAAGGCCCGCAAGGACCGACGCAAGAAGUCCCAAGCUCCCAAGGACAAGGUCGCAAAGGCCGACACAACACGAGGCGCACGAAAGGGUCUCUUGCCCACAAGCGGACCCAGAGCCAAGAUGAGUGCCAAGAAGGCGCGCAAGGUCGAGAAGGCAAUGGCGCAUGCCAUGAAGCGAAAGAUGGAGGCUGAUGGAGAGGCAGAGAUGAAGGAUGCCCCCGAGGCCGAGACUGAGGAGAAGACCGAGGAGGCUGAGAUGGCUGAUAUCCAGUGA